AUGGCAUUCAGCGGCAGCCGCGGCAUUGAAGCCAACGACAAGGACGACCAGGAGAGAUUCGACAUUGUCCUUUCUCCUUACCGCAAGAACAGAAGACUUCUCAGAGUCAAGAGCCUCCCGUUUGCGGAGACCAGGGCCCGCCCUCCCUCGAGUCGCCCGUCGGGUCAUGAUGGAGUCGUGUUCCUCUCGUUCAGAGAGCGCAACGACUGUGUCAGGGCCGAUCGAGACCUCAAAGGGGUCAUCUCAGCAGCGCAAAUGCCACUCCCCGUUCCAUCCCCAGGCCCCACAGCCACACUUCCAUCUGCUUCCCGAACAACUCAGCGAUAUGACUUUGACAUGGCUCGACGAGACUUCGACUAUAUUGAAUCAGGACUCGCUGCUCCGACUGACGCUGAACGCAUGCGGCUUGCACAAGAGUUCUUGACCAACGAGAUGAAGAUCAGAUCGGAGCGAUAUGGUAACGAUGAUGGUGCGACCUCAGAGACCUCCGGCGCUGUCGUUUCCUCCACGCCCCUUCUUUCUUCUCCUGCUCCUGCUCGCAAAGCCGAUGACAUUUCUUCCUCUGGUGCUCCGACGGUCCUGACGCUCAAUCCGCGCCCAGCAAAUUCUACUGGCACAUCCUCUCGGACAGAUUUCCAAACCUGGAAAGCCUUCGUCGGUGCCUUGAGUGAUUCAGACGAUAAUGAUGAAAACAAUGUUGGCGCCAGACUUGGUUACGACUAA